ACCGACCCAUCGAGGUAGGUAUAAUCCGGCGGAUGAUGAGCGCCGCGACGAGGGUUUGCACGGUGGCGUCGCACGCGUCGCGUCUCCGCCGCGAGAAGAUGCGGGGCGGGGCGAGACCGACGCGCCACGUCGUCACCGGAUCUCGUCUCUCGCACCGAGAGGUGGCGUCGGCGUCGUCCGGGAACGACGGCUCCGGGGGUGGCGAAGACGAAGAAGACGCGGUACCCGAGCGAUACCGCGAGAGGAGCGAUUCAAACCGAUGGAUGAAAGCCGGGUCCAUGGGAAGCAGGUACGCCAGGUCCGACGUGGAGGUCACCUGGGGGAUGAUUGGGGUCGCGGCAUUCCUCGCCGUGUUGUCCACGGGCGCGGUGGGGUGGCUGGUGCUGACCGCGCCUUCCGCGAAUAGCCCACAGUACAGGAGGUCCGACGGGCUCGACGACGUCGUGCUCGGUCUGGUGGAGGAGGAGCCGGCGAAAGCGGACCCUUACGGGCAGGUCUGAGCCUGGCUACUAGCUAGACAGAUAAGAUGCGCGCGCCAUUCUCGUUCGGGGGCGUUCGUAAGAAAACCGACCCCGUGUUGU